ACAUCAUUGAUUAUUAUUUCGUCGAAGGUCUUCUUCCUGAAUAGAAUAGAAUAAUAGCAAUGGGUCACCGUCGUCACCACCACCACCACCAUCAUCACCCCCAUCACCACCCCCAUCAUCACCACCAUCAUAGUCUUGUUGGUCAUAUUGUAGAGAGGGUUUUGCAUCGAGACCAUGAAAGUCACAUGCACAGUCACUGCCCACCCAGUGCUCCCCCAAUCGGACUUGUCUACGCCAACGGAGUUCCACAACAAACUGUCGUCUACACAAAUGGGCCUCCACCGGGUCCUCCACCCCCAUAUUACGGUCCGCCACCCCCAUAUUACGGUCCUGGAAGAGGGUACUGCAGCCGCCACCAUGGAUACCAUUGUAAUUGUUCCUGCUAAUUAGGUUUUCUUAAUUAAAAGGAACCACCAGAUGUAGCUUUAUUUUGUUUUGUGUACCUUAUUUAUUGUUUGUUGUUCCUGUUUUUACUAAAUAGAAAAAAUAAAAUUCUUGUUGAUAAA